AUGCUCUUGGAUGACAGGAAGAAAUUCCUAAGGGAUAAGGGAGUGUGUUUUCGCUGCUGUGCUUCAGUCUCCCAUCAGGCCAAGGACUGUGGCGCUUUUAUCAAAUGCGCAGAGUGCGGAAGUGAACGUCAUGUGGCCGCUAUGCACUUUGGCCCUGCUCCAAGAGAGUCAAAGGAUCUGAUAUCUUAUAAGGAGCAAAAAGAUUCUAAAGAAAAGAGCUCUUCUAAGGUUCAUGGCGGGGAGCCAGUUACCACACCCAAUGAUGAACAAAACCUAGCGGCUAAACCACUGUGUACACAAGUUUGUGGUAAAUACUUCAGAGGAAAGUCGUGCUCGAAGAUAUGUCUGGUUAAUGUUUAUCCUGAAGGUCAUCCAGAGAAGAGUAAAAGGAUGUACGUGAUCUUAGAUGAUCAGAGUAACGUCUCAUUGGCCAAGACAGAAUUCUUUGACGCCUUCCGAAUACAAGGACCACGAAUUCCAUACAUCCUGACUACGUGUGCUGGAGUGGUCAAGGUGACCGGUAGAAGAGCUCAUGGUUUCAUGGUUGAGCCACUCACAGGAGAGCUAAGUAUCGCCCUUCCAACUCUAAUAGAGUGUAAUAAUGUCCCAAACAGCCGAGCAGAAAUCCCAACCCCAGAAGCGGCGUACCGCCACAGCCACAUGCGAGCUAUGGUUGACCAAAUACCUGCUCUCGAUGACGCUGCAGACAUCUUGCUCCUAUUAGGGAGGGACAUUCUCCAGGUCCACAAGGUUCGUCGGCAGUUUAAUGGCCCAGACAAUGCUCCAUUUGCCCAGAAGCACGAUCUCGGCUGGGUCAUUGUCGGUGACGUCUGCCUGGGUGGAGCCCACACCCCUACAGAAGUUAAGGAGGAUUUAAGUCAGCCUCUUCAUCAGAACAUCUCCUUACCUUGGUCUCAUUCUCUGGAGCAGCAAGAGAACCUCCUUGGUGCAACAGUCUUCCAAAGGACUGAAAAAGAUAAUCAGUUGGCACCUUCUAUCGACGACUUGACCUUCCUACAGCUAAUGGACAAGGGGUUUGUUAAGGAUGAAAGUGGCAGCUGGGAGGCACCCUUGCCCUUCGGAAACCCAAGGAGGCCGCUCCCUAACAACAGGCAGCAGGCACACCAACGGCUUAUGUCAUUGCAGCGAGCUUUCCAGAAGAGACCCAGCAUGAAGGAAGACUUCCUGGAGUUUAUGCAAGGGAUUUUGGAUAACAACCAUGCAGAGUUGGCACCACCAUCAGAAGGAAGGGAGGUGUGGUACCUUCCCAUUUUUGGAGUCUACCACCCACACAAGCCCGGUAAAAUCAGGGUUGUUUUUGACUCAAGUGCUCGCUUUGAGGGUGUCUCACUGAAUGAGGUCUUGCUUCAGGGGCCCAAUCUCAACAAUAGCCUUCUGGGAGUUCUUCUUAGGUUCAGGAAGGAACCAGUAGCCAUAACUGCAGACUUUAGGCAAAUGUUUUAUUGCUUUCUGGUCCAGGAAGAGCAUCGAGAUGUUUUGCGCUUCCUGUGGUUCAAGGACAACAACCCUGAAAGUGAAGUGGUGGAUUACCGGAUGAGGGUCCACGUGUUUGGAAACUCCCCAUCACCUGCUGUUGCAACCUACGGGUUGAGGAGAGCUGCACAGGAGGGAGAGAAGGAUUUCGGAUGUUGUGAAUUCAUUAAGAAAGACUUCUAUGUGGAUGACGCCUUGCGGUCUUUUGCGACUGAGGCUGAAGCAGUUGAUGUUCUAAAGAGAGCCCAAAAUCUGCUGGCAGGUUACAACAUAAAGCUCCACAAGAUCACAUCAAACAAGGUCGAUGUUAUAAAUGCCUUUCCUAAAGAAGAUCGAGCCAGGGGUCUGGAGACUCUGGACCUUGCAGUUGACGACUUACCCAUCCAGCGCAGUCUGGGUGUAGCCUGGGAUAGGACAAGGGAUACAUUCACCUUUAACAUUCCAGAGCCCCAGAAACCCUUCACGCGCAGAGGGGUGCUCUCGACCAUCAACAGCGUGUUUGAUCCUUUGGGCUUCCUGGCGCCUGUGAUGGUCGAGGGCAGGCUCCUUCUACGAGAACUAGUGUCUCAAGGUACAGAUUGGGACAGUCCCCUGCCUCCGGAGAAAUUUGAUAAGUGGCAACGGUGGCAGGACUCACUGCAAGGUCUUAAUCAUCUGAACAUCAGUCGCACCUAUUCUACAUGUUCACUGACCAGGGCCAAAGCUACAGAGCUAUGCGUCUUUUCUGACGCCUCUGUAAAGGCAAUUGCAGCAGUUGCCUACUUAAAGGUGGAAACUGACGAAGGUCAUACAGAAGUCAGUUUCGUACUCGGCAAGGCCAAACUAGCACCUUUGGCAGAGCUUACCAUCCCGAGACUAGAACUCUGCGCUGCAGUGUUGGCCACAGAAAUUGCGGACCAGAUCAGAGAGGAGAUAGGGCUUAUGUUGGAUAGGAUCACAUUCUUCACGGACAGUAAGGUUGUGUUGGGAUAUAUAACUAAUGAAUCUCGAAGGUUCUACGUAUAUGUGAAUAAUCGCGUGCAGCGCAUCAGACAGUCCAGCCAUCCGGGUCAGUGGAGAUAUGUAGCCACCGAAAACAAUCCUGCCGAUCUCGGUUCAAGAUCUGUGGCUGCAAGUCAGUUGCAAGGAAGCAGUUGGUUGACGGGACCAAGAUUUUUAUUGGAACCUGAGGAGUCAUCAAUGGACAUUAUGGCCUUUGAACUGGUCAAUCCAGACUCAGAUGUGGAACUUCGCCCAAAGGUCACAGCGCUUUCGACAAAGGUCUUAGGAGAACGACUGGACACCAAGCGUUUUGAACGCUUUUCGUCAUGGAGUCGACUGACAAGAGCUGUAGCUCGACUGUUACAUGUGGCACGAAGCCUACACAAACCAGCACAUGACGCAGAAUGUGUUGGAUGGCACUACUGCAAGAAAGGCAUUACAAGUGCUGAGUUAACUGAGGCAGAACACGUCAUCAUAAAGAGUGUGCAAUGCGAGGUUUACGCAGAAGAGAUGACAUGCUUUGAAAGCAAACAAGACUUACCUGGGAGUAGUCCUCUAAAGAAGUUACAUCCUGUGAGGGACAAAGAGGGUCUGCUACGUGUAGGAGGACGCAUUACCCAUUCAAACCUACCUGCAGAUGAGACUCAUCCCAUCCUUAUCCCCGGCAAGCAUCAUCUUGCUGUGUUACUUAUUCGCCAUCACCACGAACAGGUUAAACACCAGGGAAGGCACUUCACAGAAGGCGCUGUGCGUGGAAGUGGCCUAUGGAUAGUGGGAGCAAAACGAGCCAUCAACAGCCUUAUCUACAAAUGUGUGACGUGCAGAAAAUUGCGUGGCAGGUCGGAACAGCAGCAGAUGGUGGACCUCCCCCCAGAGCGCCUGCAGCAAGAGCCUCCAUUUACCUAUGUAGGGCUGGACGUGUUUGGGCCUUGGGAAGUCGUGGCACGUCGGACCAGAGGUGGAAUUGCUAACAGCAAGAGGUGGGCGAUAUUGUUCACUUGUAUGUCCACUAGAGCUGUCCAUUUGGAGGUGAUUGAGUCGAUGACUGCUUCAAGCUGCAUAAAUGCCCUCCGCAGGUUUUUCUCGAUCAGGGGACCAGCAAAGCAGAUUAGGUCAGAUCGCGGGACAAAUUUUGUUGGGGCUACCAACGAGUUAAAGCUUGCCCCAGACGCUCAAGAGGACAGUGUCAAUGUAUACCUACUCAGUCAAAAGUGCACAUGGGUCUUUAACCCCCCGCAUGCGUCUAACAUGGGAGGCAGUUGGGAGCGCAUGAUAGGAACGGCAUGGCGUAUCCUGGAUUCAAUGUUGCUCCAAGAAGGGAGGUCGAAGAUUACCCAUGAGGUCCUGUGCACAUUGAUGGCAGAGGUCAUGGCCAUAAUUAACUCUAGGCCAUUGAUACCAGUCUCCUCAGACCCGGAAGCGCCUCUUAUACUCACUCCAGCAAUGCUGCUUACGCAGAAGAUUGGGACUCCACCAGUGCCUUCUGGGAACUUCUCGGAUGCCAAUCUAUUGAAACAUGCAUGGAAGAAAGUUCAGGCAUUAGCAGACACGUUCUGGGCAAGAUGGAGGCUGGAGUACUUGAAUACACUUCAGAUCAGACAAAAGUGGCAUACCAAAAAGCCAAAUCUCAAGGAUGGAGACAUAGUGCUGCUAAAGGACAAACAAGCAAGAAGGCAUGAAUGGUCAAUGGGAGUAAUAGCAAAGGCCUUUCAGAGUGAUGAUGGGCUGGUUAGGAAGGUGGAAGUAAAGGUGGCCUCCCACCAACCCCCCAGGACUUACCUAAGACCAGUCUCUGAGGUCGUUCUACUCUUGGAGUCAGAGGUUGUUUAGGUUAAAGUAUAUAUGGCCUCUUACAGAUGCCAGGCGGGGAGUGUGGUGUAAUUAAGAAAGUUACAAGAGACUGUUUAAUGUAGAAUGCCUUUAUUUUGAAGGUGUGUGUUUUAUUUUGUAAUUUAGAUUUCCUGUGAGUGAGAUCAUUUCCUGUUGUGCUAUUGUUGCAGUCAUGUUGAAGAAGUACAUGUUGUAGUUAAUGCCAUCUCUAUCCAUCCGUCUUUGUUUGUUCAUGGGGCAUCGUCAUUUUACCUUUUCUUCAUUAAAAUUACCUGCCAAGUACAACACAUCGCCUGUUCAUUGGAGGAAAACUUUUUGAAGGAACGAGUUUAGCUUGCUGUUUCAUGUUAGAUGA